AUGACCACAUGCAUUUUGGAAUAGAGAUGUACGCUUGCGAAUCGCAUCGUUGGCAGACGAGUGCCGAUGACAGCCAUGUACAGCACUGGCCAUGUCCCUUCGUUUGCUGUUACCAUAAUUUUGUUUAGUUCAAUUAAGAAAAAUGUCUCGGUCUUGUUUGAAUCGCUGCUACGAUCCUCCUGCAACGUCCUUAAAUGAAGAAAUAAAAAGAUAUCGAGUUAAAACUAUGGAAUUCAACCGAUUAAAUUUGUUUUUAAUAUUUGGGUCUGGCGUGGUUUUCGCUGUCAUCAGUACAUUGCUCUCUCAAUAUCUCCAACAACUGUCAGUGGGGUACGUAGGUGAUGACAACCAACGUGUAUUCGUACCAUUACCAUCAGAAAGUUAUUUGAACAUACUUGACGAAGGAACGCUGAGCCUUUCCCUUACAAGUUCAGAAGUUGGUGAAAUUAAACCUGUCAAUGAUGCUGCAUCUUCGGCUGAAGCCCUAAGCUCAUUACAUUUGGCAUUGGAAAUGAAAUUAUCCGGAAAACAAAAGAAAGCCAUCAAACUAUUCCAACAUGCGGUUGCUUUAGCUCCAAAGCAUCCUGAUGUGUUGAACCACUAUGGUGAAUUUUUGGAGCAUACACAGAAAGAUGUUGUUAAGGCUGAUGAAUUUUAUGUAAGAGCUUUAACUUAUCAACCAAACCAUGAAGGGGCCUUAGCUAACAGGCAGAGAACAGCUCGGGUUGUCGAUGAAUUGGAUCGUCGAAUGCUCAGGAGGAUAGAUGAGAAGCGCGAUGCUCUGUCAGUUAUUCCUGAUAAUGAUGCUGCCUUACGACGUGCUAAAAAAGAAGCAUAUUUUCAACACAUUUAUCACACUGUUGGUAUCGAAGGAAAUACAAUGAACUUAGCUCAAACCAGAGCUAUAGUGGAAACAAGAACUGCAGUAGCUGGAAAGAGCAUUGAUGAGCAUAAUGAAAUAUUGGGUUUGGAUGCUGCAAUGAAGUACAUCAAUGCAACUCUAGUAAACAGAUUAAAUGCUCCAGACUGGAAUGCUUAUAGUACAGCUUGCUGCGGGUCUGACAGUGAACGACCUAUUAAAAUAGUCGGCUCUAUUUCCAUCAAAGAUAUAUUGGAAAUACAUAAACGCGUGUUAGGCCAUGUAGAUCCUGUAGAGAGUGGACAAUUUCGACGGACGCAAGUGUAUGUUGGCGGUCAUGUGCCGCCAGGACCAGGAGACAUACAUAUGUUGAUGGAACAAUUUUCAUUAUGGCUCAACAGCGAAAGAGCUGUACGAAUGCAUCCAGUGAGAUACGCCGCGUUAGCCCAUUACAAAUUAGUUCAUAUUCAUCCAUUCUCAGAUGGCAACGGUAGAACUUCUCGUCUUUUGAUGAACAUGAUUUUAAUGCAAGCAGGCUAUCCGCCCGUUAUAAUUCAUAAGCAGCAUCGACAUAAAUAUUACGAAUAUUUACAACUAGCAAAUACCGGAGAUAUCCGGCCAUUCGUCAGAUUUAUUGGAGAAUGUACCGAACAAACCUUAGAUUUAUUUUUAUGGGCUACCAGCGAAUUCUCCAGGCAAGUGCCUGCGUUAGGGCAAAAUUCUCUUUUGUCAGAGAAUCAAAACACUAUUCUUUUGAACGAUGAUGGUAGUGGUGACUAUGAAAACGAUUAAACAAGAAUCAGUUUUUAUGAUUAACUAUACUAAAGAACUAGGGAUUGCAUACGCUCUUGAAAAGUUGUACGCAUAUCAAAAGUAAUUUGGAAAUUAUCGAGAAUAUUCUAAUGAUAGUUAUGUCCUGAAAGCUCCAACAUAAAUAUUAGCAAUGUAAUUAUAUCUUAUUUCUGUUAGGCUGUUUAUAUCAUAUUUUCGAGCUCAAGUUAUGGUUGAAACAUACUAAUAUAUUAAGUAUUAUUAAAUUUUAGCCAAAGUAUCAUGCUCCCUGAUUGUGUGUCAUGCAACUAGCGAGUGCGUAUUUAUUUGAUUGCAUGUGUGAGUGAGCCUAUCGUUGUUACUCAUUAUUUAUAAUUUGUUGAAUGAUGUCAUCUAGUAUCAUACCACGUUACAUUAUCGAAAGUAAUUAUCGGUUAAACAAAUUCUGUACAUAAAUUCUGUAGAUAAUUUUCAAAUGUACUCCAAAAAUUCAUUCAGACUGUGAUGUAAGAUAAUUGAACUAAUGUUAAUCGGUAUAGCACAAAUAGGCACAAAUUAUAUUAGGUAUACAAUGUUUAAUACAUAUUAUAUCAUAAGUAAAGAAUUUAAAAUGAAUCCAUCAAACGCUUGCUGGCCAAGAUGUUUCAAAUGAUUAAAUAAACCGAAAUGAAUGUACUAUAUUCGAAGAGAAUAUUGUUCGCAAUAAAUUUUGAAAUAAAAGAUGA